AUGAUUCAUCCCUCUGCCCUCCAAUUUGCAGCCCUUGGGUUCCUGCUCUCCGUGGGUGAGGAGUCUGUGUUCACAGCUAGGUCAAUUGGGAGUCUCAGAAGUGAGCGAUUAGCCAAUCUGAUUGGGUGUUGCUGCGAAGGAGAUGAGAGGUUGUUGGUGGCCGAUUUUAUGCCCCAUGAAACUCUUGCUAAGCAUCUUUUUCACUGGGAUGCUCAACCAGUGAAAUGGGCCAUGAGAUUGAGGGUGGCUUUGCAUUUGACACAAGCUCUGGAGUACUGUAGCAGCAAAGGGCGUGCAUUGUAUCAUGAUCUCAAUGCCUACAGGGUUUUAUUUGAUCAGGAUGGCAAUCCCAGACUAUCUUGCUUUGGCCUCAUGAAGAAUAGCAGGGACGGCAAGAGUUACGGUACAAACUUAGCAUUCACUCCUCCGAAGUACCUGAGAACUGGUAUUUUUGUUUGCUUGAAUAAGUGA